CACCUGCCUUAUGGCGUACAUACACAAGCGAAGUUAUUGAUUAUUCCGAGUUAUCUUUUCUUUCGUAACGACGACGUAAAAUGUAAAGGUAGUAACCGAUGCAAUAGUAUAUACAUAUGGUUGGUAUUUGUUUUUAAUCACAUGCGAUAUGACAUAUACUGGGAUAAGUCUUUAUAAUGUUUUUUCAGCGCUAACGACAUGAACGAAUAAAAUUGUCAAAUGUAUUCCUGAUAUGAUUUUGAUUUACUUGAAUGAUUACAAUCAUUUUUUCAUUUAUUAGAAAAUUGUAAUUGCCAUGGCAUUUGUUGGUAAAAAUCAUCCAAGGUUAGUGUAAAAAAAGAGCCGAUUAUUAUCGUGACAAUUUAUAAUUUUUACAUAUUUAUUAUGUGUAUGAUAAUCAUUGUAGCAUACGAGAAGCAUUCGAACGGUUUUUUGAGACGAAAAAUAUAGAGGAACAAUGCACCGAGCAGUCUUUGAUACAUUUACACAAUGCUUUUUUGGUAUGUAACUAAAUGUCUUUCUCCCCAAUUGAUUUUAUUUCACAAAAAUGGGCUCGUUCAGGCAACGGAGAAUGGAAUAAUGAACUCUUCUCAAUUAUACGAUGCGUUCCACGACAUUCUCGAGAUAAGAAUGUCACAGUACGAGUUCCAGGUUUUCUUCAAGAAAAUAGAUACAAGACUUGAUGACAAGGUGACGUGGGACGAAUUCAUUACUUACUUGCUGAUAGAAUUUCGGGACAUAGACACUAGCGUGAAAUCGCAAAUGUUGGAAACGCCGUUAACAGAUUUACCGAAAUUACUCAGAACCCGUCAUCGCACUCCCGUAUGCAAAAUUACAUUUUGUCCAGAAGUUUUGCCGGUAUGCGUUCAAUAUUUAAAGGAUCUGAUGCCUCCAUUAUGUUAAUUUUUAGGACAGAAGCACGAGUUUUCGCCGAGGUUGUUAUCUGACCGUUAGCCGAGAAGGAGUGAUUAAUUACUGGUCGCUAGAUCUCGAGUACGAGCGUACUGUGCAAUCCAAGAAUCGUUAGUACUUCAUUAGCACCUCUCUCUUUCUCGCCUUCAGCUGACGCUUCUGUCGUUAUCACUUUUUGCAGCAUACUUAAAGGUGCAAUCUACUGUUAUAACCGACAUGAUCGUGCUGCCGGAUGUUCAGGUAGUGUGCACAAGUUCAACGGAAUGCGAUUUGAGAUUUUACGACGUAUCGGCGAAAAAGUUUGAUCUUCGUAUACUGAUAUCCAGUUUGCAAAAUGCAGUCGUUUGUAUGCACUAUUACUUCAGUACAGACAGGAAUGAGAAUUCCUACAUCGUGCUGGGCGAUACGAGUGGAUCCGUCACAAUCAUGGCCUUUAAUCCUACGGACAGAGGACCUUUCAAGCAACAUACCGCAUGCGACACGAUCGUUCUUCGUUACGACAAUGUCAUUAAAGGAGAGCUACAAGGAUUUGACGUCACAGAGUUUAAGAACAUACAUACAAACUGGACGAGCCAGGUGGCUUAUUACGGGAGCCUACGCGCGUUUGUAUCGAGCAGUCAGUGCUCCGUUUGUUCCCUGUGCGUUUUCGAUGCGAGUGGCGCGAGGACGCAAUAUAAAUUUCAAGUUCUCAUGGGAAUAUCCUGCUUCACGCUCUGCGACGAGAGUCGCAUACUGGUGACGGGUGGGCCAGACUGCGUGGUUCGCAUUUGGAAUCCGUUUGUCCCCGUGAAGGCGAAUGCCGUUCUGUCGGGGCACCGUUCGACCAUCUGCGCGCUUGUCGUAAUAGACGCCGGCAAGCGCAUUUAUUCCCUGUCGAAAGACAGGUGCGUAAAAGUGUGGGACGUCCCAGCUCAUAGCUGCAUUCAGACGUACAACAAAUUGCCGAGUGAGCUGAGUGAAUACGCCCCGAUGACCAUAGUGUUCAACACGCUGACUCGUACGAUGAUCAUCGCCAGCAUGAUGAUAGCUGUCCUCGUAUGCGAGAAUGUGAUUAACGAGGAAAUCUCGGACGGCUACACGCACACCAAGGGCGUCAGCUGUGUUCUCUAUACUCAGCUGUUCCAAGUGAUUGUUUCUACGGGAUUGGAUUCGUGCAUCAUUGUGUGGGAUCCGUGGCGCGGACGCCGUUUACGUUUGAUAUCGCACGCCCACAGUGUUAUGCGAUACGGACAACAUGCCGAUAUCGAGAUCACCGCAGCUUGUUUCGAUGUUUCGGAACAAUUUUUAGUAACCGGCGCCAGAGACGGUUCGUUGAAAAUGUGGAAUUACAAUACCGGCGUUUGUGUGCGCGACAUGAUCGUCGAUCAUCAAUGCGAAAUAACGAACGUCGUAUGGUACGAAGAUCGAAUCUUGUGCGGCGGCCGGAAUAAACACGUGACAGAAGUUGCGGCUUUCGAGUCUGACGUGUGCAAAAAACAUUGGAUAACCAGUCACACCGACGACAUUCUGUGUUCGGCCGCAAAACUUCCACAGUUGCUGGCUACCGGAACGUACAACGGGGAACUAAUUCUCUGGAGGCUCGAAACGGGUCAGCCUUUUAGAAAGUACCAAGUGAUCGACGUUAGCAGAAGGUACAUUGCGAGAAAGACGAACGCGCAGAUAGAGUCCGGAAAAUCAGAUAAGAUCGGCAGAGCUGUCGAUCAGCAAAUCAAAAAACUGACUCCGUGUGCUCAUCAAGAGUCAGCAUUGAAUAUCGUUCGCGUGACCGCGGUGCGCGCGAUAAUCUUUCUAAUCGCGCGAGAAGCGAAACCGGACGUCGGCACGCUGCUGGUCGCGCUCGAUUCCGGCCUGGUGCAAGUGUGGACGCAUCAUCCCGCGGCGGGAUUCUUAGCAGCUUUCUCAGUCAUCCACACGGUCGGCGACUGCGCCACGUCCUUGGCCACCGAUUCCGAAAAUCAAUUUCUCGUAACAGGCCACAGCGUAGGGUACAUAAAAGUUUGGCUCCUCUCCAAUUACAUGCUACCGAAUCCGCCGAAGAUAUGUAUGCCGCUACUGAGACUGGAAUUUCCAUUCUUGUGGAAAGAUAAAAUAGACGGACGAGCGAAGAGAGCGGUGCGAGAUCAGACGCUGCCGCUCCUGCUGUCAUCUGUGCGCGGUCAUACGCGGGGGAUUACUUCUCUUCAAGUCAUUUCUAGCGCGCGAAUGAUAGUUAGUGGUAGUGCGGAUCGCACGGUACGUUUGUGGAGCCUUGGAGGUCGUUACAUAUCGAUGCUGGGCACGUUCAGAGAUUGGGCCACGAUUUUGCCCACUGUGCCUGUGCACAGAUAUUUCGAGGAUUAUAAGCUUCCAGCGGACAUUAGGGGACUCGCCAGUUCCACCACUUUAAAGGUACUUCACGGUGGCAUGAGACGAGUGCCGAUAGAGAUCGAGGAAGAGGAAAUCGAUAUCCCAAAAGAAACUCUCGAAGAGGAGCGACACAUGUUGUACGGAAAGGAAUUAGACAGUUCUGUGCUUGAGAAUUACUAUGAAUCACAGUUGCCUGAGAGAACGUAUCAGAAAUGUCUGCGAUUAGAUAAUACUUUGCAAUACAUACCAAUUUAUACGCAUUUACCAACAUACUCUUUAAAACCUGUGGAGGAGCAGAAAACACUCUUGCUCGGACAGAAAGUGGAACUUAUUAAAAAGGUACAUUUAAGAAGAGCAAUAAAACCACUGCGUUCUCAUGUGACGGAACGAGCCAAAGGCACUUUCACAAGAUCAAGUCUAAUGCAACGUUAAUUCUCCAUGAACUUUAUAAAACUCUCUUGCUAAAUGUUAGUAAAACAAUAUAUAUUUUACACGUUG